AUGGAGGAAUACAUGGCAGCGGCAAGAAAUGCGACCACAGUCAACGGCAGCAUACCCGAGCCGGACGGGGCAAUUCGAUUCUUUGAGCAGAGCGGCCGGACGCGCCAGCAGCUCCCCGACGAGACGGCUUUUCAGAAGUCGAUAGACGCCUUCGACACAAGCGAGCUCAAAGGGGCGCUCGAAGAUAUGAAGAGCACAAUCAAGGGCGAGGAUGAGAAGAAGGCCUUUAGCGAAGUCAUGGGCCAGCUCGAGAAGGUCUUGGGCCAGAUCGAAGGCGGAAAGGAUCUAGAAAGGUUCUCAGAACAGAUGGAUACAUUCUCGAAAUCGAUUGACCGCGAUAUCGAAGAAGCGACCGCCGAUUUACCACAGGACAUGCUCAAAACGAUAGAUUUCGGCCUACCUGAGCUUUCAGAAGACCUCCCGCUCCCGAUCCAAGGCAUGAAGAGCUCAAGCCCGCAAGUUGUGGAAGGGCCGUGGACGCUGAAUCAGCGUCGCAAGAUCUUCCGUCUCAAUAACGCUAUUUCCGGAGUCUAUAAACGCAUGCAAGAGGUGCCCGGGCCAACAAGGAAGGGGAUUGUGGCUAUAUACAAAACGUACCAUGCGGCAAGGCUCACUCUAGCUCACAGCUGGAGCCAUGUGCCACUCGAAGUGUGGGACUUUCUUUGGAAAGUCUUUUCAGUUGACGAGAGCGUCAACGUGCACCGGCUCGCACACAUUUCCAUGCUUGCCAGAGACAUGACUGAGGCCAAGGUCCCACUAAGUCCGCCCCAGCAGCUCCUCGCCAUCGAAGCAAUGUUUAUGGAAGGUUGGGAGGACAGAGCCGUGGACAGCUGGAAGCGAUGUAUAAGUACCCUUGGUCAAGAGCGCGCCGAGACGUACAAGGACUUUUGGGAAUUAGGCGUGCGGAUGCACUGCCGAUCUGGAAGCUUGGAGCAGGCCCGGCGAGCCGCGCGUAAGCUCAUCGAUAAGCGCAUGGACGCUCGCAUCCUGCUUCCGCUCAUCGGGUCGCUGUCGGAGCAGAACACUGAAGAGAGCCAUCGGGAGGCGUGGGACACCUACCGACAAAUGCGAGAUUUGCUCGGAAAGUCGAUGAAGCUCACCGACUACGACAAGGUUGUGGCCUGCUUCCUGACUACCGGCCAAACCGAAAACGCGCUGUACGCAUUCGUCGACAUGAUGAGCGACGGCCAGAUCGACCUGACGGUGCAAAAAUACAUGCCAUCCGUCGUGGCCAACAAGUUCUUCGUCGGCAAGUGGCUGAAGCGCCUGAUUGGCGCCGGGGACAUGGACGGGGCGCACAGCGUGGUCGAGUUCAUGCGCACAAAGGGCGUCGAGGCGUCGCCUAUCCAGAUCAACGGCUUGAUCGGCGCCUGGCAGCGCUCCGGUGGCGCCCGGGACCUGGAACGCUCCGAGCAGGUGGCGUGGGAGAUGAUCCAGAACCGCAUCGACUUUGUGAGAGCACGCAAGAGCGCGUCCGCCAAAGACCUAAAGAAGACGGCGGUGGCUGCAGCUGCGGUGCGCGCGCCGUUACCGCGCGCCACACUCGAGACGUUUUGCAUCCUCGCCGAAAACUAUCGUCUCCGGGAGCGGCACGAGCGGCUGGCGGCGCUAUGGGACGCCUCCCGCGAUGCGGAAAUAUGCCCCGACGCUUUCAUGAUGAACCAGCUUCUCGAGGCGCACAUUCAGGCGGGCCAGCACAGGGAGGCGCUCGCGCUGUACGGGCAGCUCGUCGUAGAGGACCGCGGCGUGCGGCCGGACCCGUACACCUUCAGCGCGCUGUGGAAGACUCUCGCAGUGAACCGGCUGCACGUCGUGCCGCCCGAAAUGGCAGACGAGGCGGUCGCGGCGUUGCGGCGGCUGUUCGCGGAGACGGUCGCUCAACGCGCCGUGUUUGGUGGCAACGACGGCGCCACCACCAUGGACGGGCAGCUGGCGCGCAAGAUCCUGCACACGUUCCGCCGCGCCAGGGACCCCGCGGGCUUCGUCGUCGCGCUCGCCGCGCUCCGCGACGUCUUCAGCUUCGCCGCGCCGGCUGAGGCGCUCGUGCUUGAGCUGGUGCUCGGCACCACCCGACUCGCGUGGGAUGCCCCCGCGCCCCGCCGCAAGCUGCUGCAAGCGAAGCGCGAGCUCGAUCGCGAGCUGCUCGCCGCCGGGGGUGCUGGCGACGAAGAUGGCGAGGGUCGCGGCCGCGCGCUGGCCGCGCAUCUGGAGCGCCUCGGGCUGGAGCAGCUCGGCGGCACGGAGGCGGCGCGGGAGCCGCUGGCCGCGGCGGCCAGGGACAUGGGUGUGGACGAGCUGCUGAGGCCCGGGGCGGUUGCGGGUGGUUGGGCAUAG